CGGCGUCGUCGAUCUCGUGGCCCGGCAGUCAACAGUCCGAUCGCGUCGAUCCGGUUCGCGGUCUGGUGAACGCAGCGCUCAUCAUCCGUCGCUAUCACCAUUCGUCGUCGGUCGUCGUCGUUUAGUCGUCACGGACGGUUGAUCUGUUAUACAUAAUAUAUUAUUAUUUUCUUUUUAUCGUCGAUAAUAAUAUUAUACGACGGUAUGUUUUUUGACGGCCUAUCAUAACUUUAUUUACUUACAACGAUAUUGUUAUUAUUUUUUUGUCACACCUGGUCGAUUUAUUUUACAUUUAUCGAUAGAUACAGAUAUUUAUAUAAACGGUUUAAGUCGAACACCGCGCAUAAUACGGUUUCGUACAAUAAUCACUAAUCUCCUAUACGAUUUUCCCGAUUGUGCAACACACUCGCCGGCUAUAUUAGCGACAAUACACACGUCCCGUGUGGGUUAUUCGUCUUCGGAUCGAACGGAGUGGUUUGUUUUUUUUUUCGGAGUGACAUCAAAAGUUUAUUUGCAGCCUCUUGGAGCCAGCAGUCGUGUAUGACUCGACGUCCCCCCACCCCGUCAAGGCUGACAUGAGCAGAGGCAGUAGCGACGAUGGAGGUGGCGGCGGUGGCGACACGGACGCCGGCCGGAGCGACGACGAGCGUUCGUUGUCCAGUGACAGUAGCGGCGGCGGUGGCGGCGUCGUCGUCGUCGGAGACGGUUGCCGGAGCCGGAGCAGCAGCGCAAACAGCAACAACAACAACGGGAAAAAAGACACGAUUGCGGCUGUCGACGAGGUUGGUAGCGUCAUCGGUGCGGGUUUGAACAACAGUUUCAACUUUUUCGAGCUGCCAGCCAACGCGGCCGCCAUGCCGUACAACGUGGAGUUGCGGAACGCUGGCGCAAGUGGCGUAUGGACCAAGACCCAGCUCCCCAAAGGUGUCAAGUACGGACCGUUCCUGGGCAAAUGGGGCCCGAAGCCGGUGGACUCGCGGUUCGCCUGGGAGGUUCGCAUCGCUGGGUACUCAGGAUAUUUAGACGGGACGAUUGAAAUCUCUAAUUGGCUAAAAUUCAUUAGAUCCACGAACGACUGUAGUAGACAAAACGUCCGAGCGUUCUUGUUGGCCGGACAGAUAUUUUACGAAUUGACACAAACAGUCAAAGCUUCAGAAGAACUACUGUUGGGCAAGAGAGAGCCGCUUAAUUUAGACGCAGCAUUUGGAGAAUUAAUGACCACGUCUGCAGAGGAUCGGAGUGAAAGAGAUUCGGUCGUCGCGUCGCAGAACUCACUGGGAUCGAUCGACGGCGACGGAGACGUGGACGUAGACGCUGAGGAGCCGGACGAAGACGACCAAAAUCGGUGCAUCUUGUGCGAGAAGUGUUUUCCCGACAUCGAACAGCUCGAUGAUCACCUGGUGUCUGGUCACCACUACAAGGCCAGUCAGUACGGGUGUGAGCUGUGCCCGCAGUCUUACAGCUGGAAGCCGUGCCUGAUCCGGCACCUCGCUUUGGCCCACAGCCGAAAGUUCACGUGCGAGACCUGUUCCAAGGUGUUCAGCGACCCGAGCAACCUACAGAGGCACAUCCGGACCAACCACGCGGGUGCCCGGUCGCACGCCUGUUCCGAGUGCGGCAAAACGUUCGCCACGUCCAGCGGUCUCAAGCAGCACACGCACAUACACUCCAGCGUGAAGCCGUUCCAGUGCGAAGUCUGUUUCAAGGCGUACACUCAGUUCUCAAACCUCUGCCGGCAUAAGAGGAUGCACGCCGAUUGCCGCAUGCAAGUAAAGUGUGACCGGUGUGACCAGUCGUUCAGCACGGGCACGUCGCUGUCCAAACACAAGCGGUUCUGCGAGUCGAACCCGUCGCCGUCACCAUCGUCGCUCGCGACGUCCGGCGUGGCUACCGGUGGCGGAAUGUCAUCGUUACAGCAACAACCUGGGGCCGCGGCCACCGCCGGGUCUUCACCGUUCGCCGUCUACCCGCGGUUCCCGCUGUACCCGCCGCACCCGCUCGUCCACCCAUUCUACUUCCCGCUGGCAAACGGAUCCCUGCCGCCACCGCUGUUCCCAUCACCGUUCGGUCAGUUUGCGCCCAAGCUAAACAUGGACAUGCUAUCGCUGUCCAACGCCGUCGAGAUGUGCAACAACCGGUUCAAGAGGUCUGCAGGCGAAUCGGAACAUAACGAAACGCCCGCUAAGCGGUCGUCGUCGUCGUCGUCAUUCAACGCCGGCCAGAAGACACCGCCGCCGCAGCCGCCGACAUCGUCCGGCGUGGCUAUGCUAAUGGGCUCGAGCAAGACAUCGCCACUAGUUGGCGAAGAGGCGUCAUCCAACCAGCGGCCAUCGCCAGCCCGCCCCAGCGCCACGUACCCUGACCCCAAGGUGCACGUCAAGCGGCAGCCGUCCGGGGACGAGGACUGCGGACCAUGUGACCUGUCCGUUAACACUGACAUUCUGUGCAACGGUGGUGGUUCAGCGGACGAGUUGACAACGGACGACAGUGCUGGCGGACGCCGGUCGUCGGAUGAUGAUAGAUCGCCGUGCCGAUCGGCGGACCAGCCGCUGGACCUGUCGGUAACAAAAGUACAGCGCCGACGAAAAAAGUCGCCGACGGCCGUCCGCGCACCACCGCGGGACGAUAGCCCGCGCGCCGAAAAUGCCGGCCGCAAGUGGUCGCCGCCGUCUUCGACACCGCCUCCACCACCACCCCCGCCACCACCACCACCACCGCCGCCGCCUCAAAGACCGUCGUCGUCAUCGCCGUACUCGGUCAGCAACCUGAUGGCCUACCCCAAACCGCUGUACUUGGACUCGAUGUAUCCAGCUACGCUGUCCGGUUUCGCAGAGAGCCAGCUGCAGCACAUGCAGGGGCAUCAGCCUUUCGGGCCGUCUGCCACCAGGGCGUUUCCGUUCAUGUCCAGCUCGUCGCCGGCCAUCGAACACUUUCUCCGGCAGCCAAUGCCUAAUUACUCGAAAUCGUACCAAGACAUCAUCCAACAGCAUCAGAACCAUCACGGACAGAACCAGAACCAGCACGGACAGCAUCAGAACCAGCACGGGCAGCAGCAGCAGCAUCAACAGCACGUCAAAUCCAAGGAUAGGUACGCGUGCAAGUACUGUGGCAAGGUGUUCCCGCGCAGCGCCAACCUCACCAGGCACGUUCGAACGCACACAGGUGAACAGCCGUACCGGUGCGCGCACUGCGAACGGUCGUUCAGCAUAUCGUCCAACCUACAGCGGCACGUGCGCAACAUCCACCGGCAGGAGCGAAAUUUCAAGUGCAAUCUGUGCAACCGGCGGUUCUCGCAGCAGACCAAUCUGGACCGGCACGUCAAAAAGCACGAGGCGGAUGACGGUACCGCCGUCGGAACCGUCACCAGUAGUUCGGCGAGCAGCGUGGACGAGAAGGAGGACCCCAGGCUGUUCGAGAUCCGGAGCUUCAUGAAGAAGGUGAGCGAUCACGGGUCUGCGGCCGCGGCCGCGGCCGCCGCCGCCGAGAUGCAGAACAACAACGUGGUGGUGGAUCCGUGCGGUCUGCAACAGCCCGACGACGGUCUUCAGUACGCGGCCCACUUAUGACCCGUGGCUCCGCCGCUCUAUUUAAAUUGGGCCCGUUGACCGGCCGGCUACAUGGCCCUCCGCGAUGCGAUAUCGUUUCGACGUCGCCUUCGUCGUCGUCAUGGCAUAAAAAAACAUCAUUGUAAUAUUAUAUAUGUCAUAUCGUCACAAAUCUCCGAGUACCUCCACACGCAUAUUAUAUUAUACAUAUUAUUAUUAUUAUUAUUAUUAUAUUAAAUAAUAUAUUAUAGGUCCUAUCCUCUGUCGUUUUUUCUCUUAUAUUUGUUUAUAUUUAUUUAUUUAUUUCGUCGUCGCAAGUCCACCGUCGGUCACCGCUCGCAAUAGAGAGUGUCGUCUCGGCGUUUUCCAUUCGAUUCACCCAUCACACGGGUAGUACUUAUGAUAAUAAUAUGUAAUGAUAAAUUAUAUACGUCACCUACCAUCGCGUCCAUAUGGCAAAAUAUAUUAUAAUGUCUGAGAUUAUAUUAUUAUUAUGUUUUCUCUUGCCCCAAAAUAAUAAUAUUAUAUUGUGUAGGUACAAUAUUAUUAUUAUUAUUAUCAUUAUAUCAUAAUAUUUUGAUUUCCGUGAGACGGUUGUCGCUGUUUGCUGCUACUCCUGCUACAGACUAUAUAAUAUUAUAUUAUUAUACGUAUAUUUAUAAACUAUAAAUAUUAUUAUUAUUAUUAUUAUUAUUAUUAUUAUUAUUGUAUUGAUAUUAUUAUUACGCUCGCACCAAAGUAGACAUUAUGAUAUUAUUAUUAAAGUAUACAAAUUUUUAGAAGAUUUACAUAACAAGGAUUUUUUAUUUUUUACUUCUCUAUAUACGACAAUAUAAUAUAUAAAAUUAUACGUUGUACUUUUAUUUUAGUUUGUAACAUAGUAAAAUUUAACUCAAUUAUUAUAAUCUUGUGAUAAAAA